CGGGAGGCGGUGGAGCAGCGUCACUCUUCACCUGCCCGCGCGAGCUCAGCACCCUGGGCGGUCGGCGGGCUAGGGGGCUGCAGGGCUGAGCCCCGCUGAGCCCGCCGGGCCAGCCAUGGGCGACCGCGAGCGAAACAAGAAGCGGCUGCUGGAGCUGCUGCAGGCGGCGGGCACCGGCAACGCGCACUGCGCCGACUGCGGGGCGGCGGAUCCCGACUGGGCCUCCUACAAGCUGGGCAUUUUCAUCUGCCUGAACUGCUCUGGUGUCCACCGCAACUUCCCAGACAUCAGCAAAAUUAAAUCCGUGAGACUUGACUUCUGGGAUGACAGUACUGUGGAGUUUAUGACCCACAAUGGGAACCUCCGUGUGAAGGCCAAGUACGAAGCCAGAGUCCCUGCUUUCUACUAUGUCCCCCAGGCCAACGACUGCCUGGUGUUAAAGGAACAGUGGAUUCGAGCUAAGUAUGAAAGACAGGAAUUUAUGGCCGAUGGGAAAACCACCUCACCUCCAGGAAACCGGGAAGGGUUCCUGUGGAAGCGGGGAAGGGACAAUGCACAGUUCCUGAGAAGGAAGUUUGUCCUCCUGGCAAAAGAAGGCCUCCUGAAGUACUACACUAAAGAGGAGGGUAAAGGCCCCAAAGCUGUCAUCAGCAUCAAGGACUUGAAUGCCACCUUUGAGACAGAGAAGAUAGGGAACCCCCAUGGACUGCAGAUCACCUACAGGAGAGAGGGCCACGUCAGGAACCUCUUCGUGUACCACGAGAGUGGGAAGGAGAUAGUGGACUGGUUCAAUGCCCUGCGUGCAGCCCGUCUGCACUACCUAAAAACGGCCUUUCCUGAGCUCCCUGAGUCUGAGCUCGUGCCCCUCAUCACAAGGAAGUACCUCAAACAAGGCUUCAUGGAAAAGACGGGUCCAAAGCAGAGAGAACCUUUCAAGAAAAGGUGGUUUGUCUUGGAUCCCCAGGAGCGGAGGCUGCUCUAUUACAAGAACCCACUGGAUGCCUUUGAACAGGGCCAGGUUUUUCUUGGGAGCAACGAGCAGGGGUAUGGAGUGUAUGAAGACCUGCCCAAGGGCAUCCGAGGGAACCACUGGAAAGCCGGCCUCACCAUCGUCACCCCUGAGCGGAGGUUCCUCUUCACCUGCCCCAGCGAGAAGGAGCAGAGGGAAUGGCUGGAGAGUUUUCAGGAUGUCCUCUCCCGCCCCUUGACGCCCCUCAACCUUCUCAGUAAGAUGUGCAGCCUGGGCUUUGUUCUUUCGGCCAAGGGCAGAGGGCAGAACGGAGCCUCACAGGGUUCAGCUGUGAGCCCUGAAACUGAGCUCCGGGCUCCUGACUGCUUCUAACAUUUUCUUCUCUUCCUGCCAAAGAAGAGUACAGAUGGUGCACGUUGUUGCCAGGAAGCCCUCUCUGUCCAUGCACAGCUCUUCUGUGGGGAGCUCCGCCCCGUUAGCUACCUGCGGCCCACCAGUCCCUCUCCAUGUGAGAAACCCUGGUCUGUUAUUAUUAGCUAUGGUCACACCCACUGGGCAACUUCUGGGGUCUUGGGUUCCUCUCCCCUCACAGAGGAAAGGCUAUUUUGGGUGCCCUUCUUUUCUCUGCAUCCUCCCUUCUGUCGCUGCUCUCCUGCUCCUCCUCUUCCCCCAGAUGUGUGACAAGUAGGCUUCUGUCUGCUGACAGCCAUGAGAAAAAUGAGAAGAUGUUCUGAGCGGGAGCAGGAAACUCCUGGCCCCGGGGCCUGGUUUGCGGGCACCAGGAACAAGUUCUGUGUUUGAAAAAGGACAGACCGAGGAGGAGACCCCACAGCACCCCCUUAGGAGAAACCCUUGUGUCCUUUGAGUCAGAUCAGCAUAAACACACCUGCUUUUCCCUUUCCAAAAUCUGAAAGCCAAAGAGCUUGAGAAACAGACUUGAAAGUUAGUAAAGACCGUCUGCUGGCGCUUCCUUGUCCCUGCCGGUGGGUCUGUGUAUCUGACUCUGUUUCCAUGUCUCUCUCUCUCUCUGCGCUGGCGUUUGUCCCUUCUGUCUCUCGCCGCCGUUGGUUGUUUUUUUAAUUCUGGUUCUCUGUCACUGUGCCCCUGUCCCCUUGCUGUCCCUUCUCUUCAGCAGGACUACACUGGCACGGUUAUCAUCUGAGCUCUCUUCUUGCUCCCCUGACAGCUGCAUCAUCGGAGAGUGGCCACAGCAGCAGGUGACCCACUGGCCACUGGUCACCCGGAGCUCAUGGUAGGAAGGGCAAGUUCUAACCUCAGCCUUCGUUGCCCAGCAGGCAUGCCCUGCCGUUUAGCAGCCAUGGCUGGCCAUGAACUGUGCCAAGACUGAAGCUUUGGCCUUUACCUGCUGGCUCCCUGGGCCGUCCCACAACCCAGCUUGGGGGAGUCUUGGGGAUCUGGCCCAUGUCCUCAAGGCCCCAGACUUCUGAAAUGAAAACACUGCAUCGGAGAGCCACCCACUGUGUCCUGCAAGUGGGAGGACACCCAGUGUGUCCUGCAAGCAAAAAAACUUGAUUCUGAACCAUGAAGAAGUAAUCAGACAAAUCCACACGAGGGACGUUCUAUAAAACGGCUGGUAUAAGAUAAAGCAGUGAGGAAACUGUUCCACAUUAAAGAAGAUGAAGGAGGCAACAGAGUGGAAUUUAUGAUUCUUGAUUGGAUCCUGGAUUUUGAUGCCUUUUUUUUUUUUUUUAAGAUUUUUAUUUUUCAGUAAUCUCUACACCCAACGUGGGGCUCAAACUCAUGACCCCAAGAUCAAGAGUCCCACGCUCCACCGACUGAGCCAGUCAGGUGCCCCCUGGUUUCUGGAUUUUUUAAAAAAGCAGCUAUAAAGGAUAUGAUUGAGAUACUGGGGCAAGUCUGAAUAUGGAUGCAUAUCAGCUAGUCAGAUAGUGAGACGGAUGAUUAUGUCGUAUUUGUGUAGGAGUUUGCACUUGUGCCUGUGGAUACGUGUUAAUGUAUUCAGGGGUAAAAAUGUAAUAAUUUUUAGUCUACAACUGACUCCUAAAUGGGUCAACAAAGAAUAAGUGUGUGUGUACAUGUAUAUAAAGAGAGUAUAUACAUAUAUAUAUAGUGUGUGUGUCUAUAUGGAAGACAGGAAGUACAUACACACACACACACCCAGGGAGAGAGAGAGAAAAAAAGUGAGCCGCUGUGCAAAGUGUUAGCAACUGAGGGAUCUAGAUGAAGCAGAGACGGGUCUUUGUUGUCUUACUGGUGCACAUUUUCUAGAGAUUCAAAAGUGUUCAAAUUAAACACUUGGAAGCUGGGGGAAAUUAUUAAAGAAACACCCAUUUGCACUCUUCAAAAGCAGUGUGUUUUCUACAUGAAUCAAAACAGUUCCUGGGGAAGUCUCGUCUUGGUACAGAUUUUAGAAGAAAUGAAAACCCAGAGAAUACAAAACAAACAAACAAAGGCAAACACAAAAAAAACAAAACAAUGUUCAGAUUGAUUAUUGGAAGCAAAGAAGCAAGCCAGCUCCACUGAAACCCAGGGCAGAGAGCUCUCCAGGCUGCCAGCCAGCUCUGGCCUUUCCGCAAACUCGAAAUGGUCAGAAACCUCACUUUCCCACCAACGUGCCUUGGUUUUUCUCUUUCGGAGGAGGAAAGUGUACUGACUAUUGAAAUUCCAUGGAAGCAACAAGUACUUUUGAGGUUCUCCCAGGUGCCAGGCUCUGUGCCAGGCCCUGGGAACAGGGUGGGAACCAGCUGGUCCCUGCUUACCACAGAUGACAGGCUGCUGCAAGGCCACGCUUCCAUGGGGCAGGACAGUGCCACAAGUGUUCAGGAAAGGAAGCACAAACAAUUGUGGGAGCCUGGGUUUCACCUAAAUGAGGGGGAGAGGGGCCUCCAUCCUCUCCAGAAAGUGAUGUUGAAGUGGAAACCUUAAAGAUAUUUAGAGGUAAGUCAACAGGAAGAGGAAAACACUCGUCUCAAGGAAGAAAAUGUUCAAAGGCCCUUAGGUGGGAAAGAGGAACUAAAAGAAAUCUGGAAUGGCUGAAGUGUUAGAGAAAUAGAUCACCGCUGAGGUCCCUGCUCUAUGACUCCUUCUCCUUCAGGUCACAUGCAGAGCGAUAUUUGGUAUGCUCUCUUCAUUUUGGUGGAGACCAAGAGGGUUGGGAGGGCAUUUAAUAGAGUCUCUGCUUUUUAUGGGGUUUUCCUGUGGAACCCUCAGAGGACAAGCAACAUUAUUGGAGUGUCUUUCCGGAGGCUUCCUGACAGCCCAGAUGGAGAUGGGCGUGCUUCCUCUUCUGGCCCCCAAAGCACCUUGAAAAUGUUUGUUUCAACACCUGCUGAGUUGUAUAUUAAUGGUUAAUGUACUCAUCUGCCUUUUUCACUACCUGUGAGCUCCAUCUACAGAGGAAGAAAGAAGACAGACAGUCACAAAGCUACUUGCUUGGCAUUAAGAAGGAGAGUCCAUGAUCAGAUUUGAGACUUGGGAAAACAAUGCAGCCAUGUAGAGUGUGGGAAGGAAGCAGAGAUAUCAGCGGGCAGUGUGGGGCGGGGGGCAUUGCAUGAAUCACAAGCGUCAUAGGAGAGUGUAAUUGCAGACCUGCGUCUGAGGCAGCACACCAGCUCUCCUUCCCACCUCUUCUCUCUUAAACAUCCUUCUGUUCAGAAAAGAAAGCCAUACCUCUUAUCCACCUUAAACCUUAAAAAUCAUUGGGAUGCCAGAUAGCCAAUUUGAAAUAAGAGUGACAAUUUUCCUUUAUGAAUUUUAUUUUUUUACAUUGUUCUAUACUAAAAUCGACUUAUUUUGUACUGUUCUAUAAAUUUGAAUAUAUAUAUGGAUUCCUGUAACUACCACCACAAUCAGAGUAAAGAAUGGUUACAUCA